AAUACUGCUUAGAUUUGAUUGUAGAUAGCAUGAAGUCGUUCUUAUUCAUUCUAUCCGUCUGCGGGCACUACUCUCAAACCGUUGUUGCCGUCAACGUUAUCAAGAAUCCGUCGUUCGAGCACGACUUGGCCUAUUGGGUCUGUAAGCAUCGACCCGGACUGUGGAACGUCGAAAAUGCGCCAACAGGUAUAGUCAGCUCGGACACAGAACGCCGGUAUAGCGGGAAAAGAGCGUUGCUACUGAAGGGAACGCCCUCUGGCUGGGGGUCCCGUGCGCUGUACGCGCAGCAAUAUGUGAGUGGCAAACGGAUUGUGAAAGAAAGCUCGAAUGCAUCAGGAAUAAAAUUCUCGUGGGCAUACCAACUGCUCAGUGAUUCAGACAAAGAGAUAUCAAUGAAAUGCAGACCACAGAUUCUUCUCGACAUUCGGUUUUCCGAUGGACGUUAUCUGAACGUAAAGUAUGAUUUGUCUGUGGAGAUGACCGCAGAGUUCGAGUUCAUGUGCCGCACUGUUCCUGUUUAUGAAGUGGUUGAUGGGUUGAUGGUGACUUUGGUGAUUGAGAAUGAUUGUGGCGGCACUCUCCUUUAUAUUGAUGACGUCAGUGUUGAAUUUACUGCUGGGACGGAAGAGUAUGAUUUGGAGGAAUGUUUGUUGGAUACCGAGAAUCUUCCUGCGGAACGUCUUCACGUUCCGUUCUUUCUGACGAGCAAAUAUACACGUAGCCAUCGGAAUAACAAAGAUGUGGCUGUGACUAUAGCAACACAAUUGACGUUGGACAGAUUGUCAAACUUAAAUCGAUUGAUAUCAUCAUGGCAAGGACCCAUCUCUGUUGCCAUCUUGCUUUUUCGGCAAGGAAAUGGCCAAACAAAAACUCACGACAGACAGGCUGUCACUGACAUUUUGACUUCGUACUAUUCAUCUUCGUUGAUGCAGCGAUACAUUGAUAUUCACAUUGUAUUCGAAGAUCCUCUCAAUAACGAAGACAGCAUUCGUUAUCCCGUCAACUUUCUUCGCAAUGUAGCAAUCAAGCACGUAAAGACAAGCCACGUCUAUUAUCUGGAUGCAGACAUCAUGCCUAGUUUGUCAGCUAAAAACCUGGGCGGACAUCUGGUCAAGUCUUUGAAAGAUUUGCAAGAGACAGGAGACAUCAGUGACACUAGAAAGAGUGCAUUUGCUACUCCAAUAUUUACUACAAAAGAAACAAUUGAGUCGUUGCCUGACAAGAAGGAUUUAAUCGAAGAAUUGAAACAAGGUCGUGAUCGAUCUCGUUUUGAGGUGUUCAACGUCGUGUCCCAUACACCAGUAAACUAUUACAAAUGGUUCACAGCUGAUAAAUCAUAUCACAUUCAGUACAGGGAGAACAUGGAGCCGUACUUUGUUGUGCCAUUUGAUGCUCCACUGAUGAAUGACUUGUUUACCGGGUACGGACGAGAUAAGUGUGCAUACAGUCGUGAGUUGAACAGUGCCGGUUAUGACUUCUUUGUCUUCCAUGGAGCAUAUGGUGUCAACGUCGCAGAGAAGACAGGCCAGCCAAGCAUUUUACGAAGGGAUCCAGGCAUUCAAGUGCGACUACGAGUAUUCCUCAAUAUGUAUUUUCAUGAGAGAGAAAUGGAAGGCAGGUACAGAGAUGAUGUUGUGGAGGACGAUGAAGAUGAGGACACGGUGACCGACGGUGACAUUCACGACGAGAUAUCAUCACCUCAGUCUUCAUCUCUAGAGCAAGUGGACAAGGACGGUACGGGUAGUGACAAUCUCGUGGAUGGAGAUGACGUUCAGGCCACAGAAAAUGAAGUUGGAAUGCUGCCAUCGUAUGGACUGAAAUGCUCCACUGAGUUUAGGCAUGGACGUACACUGCAGCUGCCAGGACCUCCUGAAGAUGGCACAUUCAGACAGAUGCAUCACGAGCAUGCCAUUAUUGAGAGCAUCGCUAAGGAGUUUGGGUUACAACUCAUGGUGCAAUUGGAGUCGACUAACUCGAUGAAGGGUGCCGUAUUGUUGGCUCUGAUGCACUGGGAUUCCGUCGUAUCACUAAAGCCAGGCGAAUACGUAGAGUUUGAACGUGUACAAAAUGGUGUGAUGGAAAAACUUUCCGGUGGAAGUCUGAGAGAGCAACUUGCCGACAUUCAACGUCGUAACCGUCGAACUUUGUAUUGGGUACGGUACACAGACAAACUUGCCGGUUAUGACACACCCAUUGACAUCAUAAAGGCUUUCAUAGACAUCGCAAAACAAGAUGACGUCAUCUCCAUAUUUCAGCUGCCACAAGAGUUACACUCUGUGUUAUACGAGACAGUGUGUGGCAUCGAUGCCGACUGGUCAUUGCACGUUCGAAAUGAUGCUGUUGUUGUUAGGGCAGACAGUCCGGUACCUACUCUGCAUGUACGUCUGCCUCCCAUUCCUGAUGCAGCCACGAGUACCAAUGAGCCACAGUGUGAUGAUACGAGUGUUGUCACAGAUGUUGUGUUGUUCUCUCGAGAUCGGCCAGUGCAGACGUUGGCAUUUCUUGAAAGCCUUGCCACCAUGGCAACCGGAAUCAACAAAGUCUGGUUGCUAUAUCGAUUCGACGACACAGUUUUUCAAGACGGAUACAAAAAGGUGGUUUCGUGUAUGCGUAAUGACCAGUUUGCUGUUGAGCUGGUUAGAGAAGAGAGCGAGGGUUUUGGUUAUUACUUGAAGGACAUACUUAGUCGGCGGUCAACAGCAAGAUACAUAAUUAUUGCUGUGGAUGAGAUCAUUUGGUUGCAUUCAUUCAACGUGACACAGAUUGCUUGCUUGAUGACGCAUGCUGGUGACAGCAUUUCAAUGGCACAAUUGAGAUUGGGCAAGGAAUUAUCAGCAGGAAAACACCUAGAUAAAACAAAGAUUGAACAACAGACCCGGCCUGUUCGUUCAACAUCGGAGUGGCUUCUAUACUACCCAUACCGGCUACCAUACGACUUCGGCUAUGUUACAAACGUUGAUGGAGUAAUGAUCAGCAGGGAAGAUUUCCUAGCUGAAUUGAGGGACUCGAUCGAUUUCUUUAGAAAUCCAUCCGGGUUAGAGACACAGUGGGUUUGGUUCGGAUUGCACCAACAUGUACGACACUGGCAUCUGAUGCCGGUGCACUCGAAGCUCGUCAACAAUCCACUCGAGGAUGGACGGAUCCUUCACUUGGAUAAACCAGGAGAGAAGAGCUACACAUUGGUUCACCGUUUUCUCAACGACGAUCUCAAGGUUGACGUGAAACGAUUCCUAGAAUCUUCUCGUCGUCGCACACAUACACACGAGUUCUUUGACAUUCACUACAUCAAAGCCAAUUGUAUUGCUUGAUGAUGAUGAAGACUAAAAAGUCCGCCUAAUUAAUAUUAGUCUUUGCAUGGAAGUUAUUCUUCCUGACCUGCGAUGGUCUUAUGUGUGUAACAUAGAUGUGUUUUUAAGAUACCAGGUAAUGUAUUGUGCAUAUUCA